AUGGACAAGUUCCUCGUGGCGGCGCCACCUUGUGCCGGCGAGGACCCUGAAGCGCCACCACCGCCGCCUCGGAGGUGGCACCGGUGGAGCCGCAUCGCAGUUGAGCUGGACGGGCGCAUCGACGCCAGGUUCCGGCACAGGGAAUUGCGCCGUCUCCUUGAUUCCUACUCUGAGACUAGGACCUUCGAACACAAGUACUACACGCAUGGCGAGCAACGGUGUCAGACAUAUGUGAAUCGUAUGAUUAAUGCUUCAAAUUUUGCUGGGUGUUACCAUCCAGCGAGGGAGGGAGUUUCAGCAAUGGAAUUUGAUAAAAAGGGAGUAUAUCUUGCAUCAGUGACACUCUCAGGGUGUUUAACAGUACAUGACUUUGAGACUCUAUACUGCUCCUUGUAUGGCCCAUCAUGUAGUUUGCCAGAUGACUCAUCAAACUAUGUGCUCCAUAUAUCAAACCAAUUGCCCCUGUGUGCUGUCAGAUGGAAUCCAGGAAAUCAAGAUGAGAUUGUUUGCUCAUCUAGCCAAAGUGACAAAGUUUCACUAUUUGAUAUCGGUUAUGUCUCUUCUGUUCCUACUGAAGUUCUACAGAAAGGGAAGACCAAAUUUCACGCUCUCUGCUCUGAAUCCCGGAAGGGUUUGACUGAUCUAGCUUUCACGUCAGAUGAUAAGUCACGGCUAUUUGCAUCUGGGCUUGAUGGUGCAGUCUACAUGUGGGAUAGGCGGCUAAGUAAGACACACUGUAUUGAGCUUACAGCACUCCCUGAAUCUCAGUUUACCAGUGUCAAGCUAAAUAUGGAUAAUCGGACAGUGUUUGGUGCAACUAGAAAUGGCACUAUUCAUGCUUGGGAUACCCGUGGAGGGAGAGCUUCCACUGCUUUUCAAAGCCAUAAUGAGGUUCAACCAUUAUCAUCAGUGAAGAUAUCAACGUUGUUGGGCAAAAUUGCAUCGCUGAAGGAACAAUCAAACAUUGUUUCAAGUGAAAUUCUGUCUAUAGAUUUUAACCCUAGUUGCUCAUACCAGUUGGCCUUCCAUCUUGAUGAUGGCUGGUCUGGAGUCCUCAAUGUUAACACCCUCAGUGUGAGCCAUCUGCACUGCCCUCCUCCUUCUUGGUUGGAGGGUGUGGACUCUGUGUUGCAUAAGCGGAAAGCGACCUGGCUGUCAACAUCUUCAAUUUAUGCAGUUGGAUCUUCCUCCAAUAAUGGAAUGUAUGUACUUGAUUUUCAUCCACAUACAAGCUCUGCAUGCCAUGUGGACUACAAUGAGGAAACAAAAGGCUUCGAAGAAAACCAACCUGCAGAAAACAAGUUUAUUCCUUUAUCUGAAGGCGUGCUUUCAUGUGCAGCCCAUCCACUCAGUCAUAACAUAAUUGCUGGUACUGAGUUCUCGUCAUUGCUUAUGGUAUCACAAAAGCAUGAGAUCAUCAGAGAUCCAGAGUAGUGCCAAGGCGCAUCAGGAGCUUCCUCCAAGCACAAGCAAUACCCCCGAUUGCAGCAUUCAUAUGCUGCUUAUUAGCUCAUGGCCGUCCUGCACGUAAGAAAGAUCUGCAGCAUGAGGACCUUUGAUGGGGCCAUACAAGCUUUGACUUUGGCUGGCAGGUCGGUCUAUCUGGGAAGUUCUUCAGCCCAUGAAAAGAUUCACCAUGCGGCCAAUACCCUUCUUAUACAGACGGACAUCGUCAUUGCUGACAUCCAUACGAGUGCAAUGACGUUGUUGUACUUGAUUUUCAAAGUGUAGACCUGUGCAAGGCAUGCUUCCAGGG